ACAUAGAUGGGUAAGAAAAACCGUACUACAUAAUAAACGUGUUACUUUCUGAGGCGUUUGACGUUCAUUCAUACAAUAUACAUUUCCGCUUCCGGGUAGUCGUCCAGUCUGCCAUAUUCCGUCGGUUUCGGGCAGCCCCGCGCUUGACCGCCGUCAACAGUACGUUGUUCGUUUUUUUCGGGGGAUGAUCUUCCAUUUAAUACCGAAACAUUAGACAGAGAUUCGGGGAAAGGUUGCUGGCCGUGUAACGAAACGUCAAACGAAGCAGGUAGAAAUGACGACGCGAUCGGAGCGGGAGAAGGCUCAGAAACUGAAUGAGCAGCAUCAGGCCAUCCUGUCCAAAAUGCUCCGAGAGGAGGACAACAAAUAUUGCGCCGACUGUGAGGCAAAAGGACCUCGAUGGGCCUCCUGGAACCUGGGAGUGUUCAUCUGCAUCAGGUGCGCCGGAAUCCACCGGAACCUGGGAGUGCACAUAUCCCGCGUCAAAUCGGUCAACCUGGACCAAUGGACCCCAGAGCAAAUCCAGAGUGUGCAGAGCAUGGGCAACACCAAGGCCAGACAGCUGUACGAAGCCCAUCUGCCAGACAACUUCAGACGGCCGCAAACCGACCAAGCCGUGGAGUUCUUCAUCAGGGACAAGUACGAAAAGAAGAAGUACUACGACAGGAACGCGGUCAAUGACUCUACUAAGUCUUCUGAUGCUGCUUUGCCCUCUGCAUCCUCUCCCUCCUCACAGGCAGCCGAGAAAACCAAACUGGAGAAGGAGAGGGAGAAGAAGAGGGAGGAGAAGAAGAGAGAAAAGGAACCGGAUAAAGGGAGCAAGCCGACGGCUUUGGACAAGAAGAGGGAGGAUAUUCAAAUAGACUCCAGAGCCAGUCCUAAGAAGAGUGCGGAGCCUUCCAUCGACCUGCUAGGCCUUGAUGCUCCUGCAGUCAACACAUCUAGCGGAGGGGCGGGAUCUGGAGCUGCUCCUCCCAUCAGUGAUGAUUUAGACAUCUUCGGACCAAUGGUGUCCAACCCUCUGCCAUCAAGCACCAACACAAACCAGGCCACUUCGAGCAAGGCUCCAGGGAGCUCGGCAGCAGGCCCCGGAGCAGGAGCGGCGGCCGGGGCCCCGGGGCCAGCGGGAGGCGCCCCCGCCCCAGCGGACCUGGACCUGUUCAGCGAGAACAGCAGCAGCAGCAGCAAGGCGGAGGACUCCACCAAGAAACCCCUCUCCAAGGACUCCAUCCUCUCCCUCUAUGGAUCCAACACUGUCCCACAGCAGGCCGCACAAGCUGCUAUGUUCAUUGGUGCAUCUCAGAUGCAGUUUCCUGCACAGCCUCAAGCUAACUUCCAGGCUUUCCCAGGGAUGGGUGGCCACAUGCCUCCCACUACCAUGAUGGGCGCGGUCAUGGGCCAGGGCGGGGCUAUGAUGGGCCAGAACACUGGCAUGAUGGUUGGCAUGACGAUGCCCAACGGCUUUAUGGGAAACGCCCAGGCAGGAGUGAUGGGCUUGGCACCGGGCAUGAUGGGAGCGCAGGCCGGAGCCAUGCCAGCAGGCGUGGUGCCCCCUCAGAACAUGUAUGCCAUGCAGCCAAGCCAGCAGACCCAGUGGAGUAUGGGACAGAUGAAUCAGCAGAUGUCUGGAAUGAACCUGAACGGUGGUGGAGCUCCAAUGGCGUUUGGGCAGCCCGGGGCCGCCAUGGGGGGCUGGGUGGGACCCCCCUCUGGUCAGACCCUCAGUACCCAGCUCUGGAAGUGAGGACUUGAGCAAACGUGGGAGUGUGGAGGACAACAGAGGAUGCAGCAUCUCGCCAUCUCCCCUCCCUUGACCAGAGUACAUACCAAGAGGUUUAUCCAUGUACUGAUUCUCCUCCCCCUUUCUAAGCAUCACUACUCUGUUACUGGAGAGCGUCUGCUCAGCCUGCCUCCUGUGUAUCGACCGCGUGAUCGAGUGGAGCUGAAGAGACUGGCAGCUUUGUCCGUCUUAUUUGCAGUUUUUUUUCAUUCCUAUUCUUCUUCUAUAUAUUUUUGGGGUUGAAAAUGAAAAAAGUACAUAUCAGCGAAGAAAGCUGCUGGACCAAUUAUACAAGCGUCUAAUAUAUCGUUACCAAAUCAAUAGUGAGUAAUAGUAUUUAAAUGGCAGAGAUAUGGCUAUCAUGUUUGUGACACCACCUCCCCGCUUCCCUGACCGCCGUAUACACCCCUGUAUCGCAGAGCCCUGUAGCAGCUAUCGUAUGAACCGAUGUACUGUAUGUAAGCAUAAGAUAGAGAAGCCGUCGAUCCUCAAUCUCUCGUUUGUCCCUUCCCAGAGAGCCCAUCACCUCGCCAGCUCUACCAGCCCUUCCAUCUUUACUGUGACGUUUUAAUGUGUGCAUUACAGAGGAGCACAGUUAGCGACAGACAAAUAAACCUGGACGACUCAACAGCAGCCCAACGCCCAAUAGGAAGAGGGGGCGGAGUGAGAGAGUCGGGAGGGCAGGGAGCAGGAACAAAACGUGGAAGGUGUCCACGAGAGCCUGUUGGGGAAGCGAAUAGGACAUUUUAAAGGCAGGGUAAGGAAGAUCGGAAUUGAACAACAGCGCACCAGUCAACGUACUAGUCCCAUGACUGGGGCAGAGCUUCAGUCCAAUCAGACAGGGUCCCUCUGCUGUGCAAUAAUGUGAGCAUCCACACCUCGUCAUCCAGGUUUAUUUCUAUAACGUGUUUACAUUUUUCUGGUGCCUAGUACAGAGGAAAAAAAAAAAAAAAAAAAAUGUUAUUUCCGUGCAUUAAACAGUGAAUAGCCAUGAACUAUUGUGUGAUCAUUUUGUCUAAUGCUUCAUUUAUUGUAAAGUUCUCAUUUGAUGUUUUGUUCUUUUCUUGUUUUGCUUUUAAAAGGGACAUUUGGAAUAAAGCCAGUUGUAAUCGUAA